AACAGAACGCAGUACACGCAGAUUUGUUUUCCUUUCUUCUCCCAGCGUUGAGUUCGCCGCCGGGCGCCGGGAGCCGAGGCCCGAGAGAGAUGGGAUUCAUCGGCGAUACGGUGGAGUCGAUCCGCUCGAUACAGAUCCGCCAAGUCCUCGCGCAAAUCAUCAGCCUCGGUAUGAUUGUUACCUCGGCACUGAUCAUAUGGAAGGGAUUGAUGGUUGCAACGGGGAGCGAGUCCCCAGUGGUUGUGGUCCUUUCUGGUAGCAUGGAGCCUGGAUUUAAAAGGGGCGAUAUCCUUUUUCUACACAUGAGCAAAGAUCCUAUCCGCACAGGAGAGAUAGUUGUUUUCAACAUUGAUGGCCGUGAAAUUCCAAUUGUUCACCGUGUGAUUAAGGUCCAUGAACGCGAGGAAAGUGCUGAAGUUGAUAUCCUCACGAAAGGUGAUAAUAAUUUUGGGGACGACCGUCUUCUUUAUGCACAUGGGCAGCUUUGGCUUCACCAACAUCACAUUAUGGGACGGGCUGUAGGCUUUCUUCCAUAUGUCGGGUGGGUUACAAUCAUCAUGACUGAGAAACCAUUUAUAAAGUACCUGCUCAUCGGCGCUCUGGGCUUGCUGGUCAUUACAUCGAAAGAGUAAAACAUCAACUUCACCCAAGAAUUUAGCGCAAACAUUAGAGGCCAGUGGCUUAUACACUCCUUAGGGAAGAUACCUUUUGUUUCACCAUGUUAUUGGGAACAAAAAGACAUGCUUGCACCAAUGGAUGAAAAAAAAACGUUUAUUCUGGAUCUGAUGUAACAUCUCCUAUAGUCCUAGUUAAAGAUUAAAUAUGAUUUAUUGCGUUGGAUGAAAUUUACUUAUAAAAAAUUCCUUGUAUGACACUAAACUAGUACUAUGAACUAUGAAGUGGUCAAUGGUUGUGACCAGUAGGGCGCCUCAGGCUUUUUCACUUGUGGUAGAUGUUGACAAGUAACUGAUGAAGAGAGAUGAGCUCUGUAGCUAUUGACAACUGAAGAGUAAAGUUGAGUUUUAGUCACUGUA